CAUAAACACAAUAAUUGUACCACUUCAAAAAGGUCUUUUAAAAUAAAGCGCAGGCUGUAGAUCUUUGGCUUGAUUGAUGGUUCUCAGAUUUUAUUUUCUUGAACUUAAUUUCUAUGCUUUGUAACAUUGAUUUUGGAAUCCCAGUUUCUGUCUCUGUUUCUCUCGUAAUUUGAACUAAUUAAUCGGGGUAUUAGUUCAAUGAUAUCUAGCAAAAAGAUGGCGAACGCCGUUGGUGCCAAAACCGUUAGAGCUUGUGAUAGCUGUAUAAAGAAACGGGCUCGUUGGUACUGUGCUGCUGAUGAUGCUUUUCUUUGUCAAGCCUGCGAUUCUUCAGUUCAUUCGGCCAAUCCACUUGCUCGUAGACAUAAAAGAGUCCGCCUGAAAACUGCUUCAGUUAAGUCCUCAGGUGAUGAACUUCCUUUGGAGAGUUUUUCACCCUCGUGGGAUAGAGGGUUUACCAGAAAGGCAAGGACAAGGCGACCCGUGAAGGGCUCCAUUCAUCGAAAGCCACUUAAAGCUAAGAACAACCCGGUUCCUGUUGUGCCAGAAGUUGGUAUUGAUGAGAUAUUCAAUGAAGAGAAUGAAGAGGAACAGCUUCUUUAUAGGGUACCAAUAUUUGACCCCUUUGUUGCUGAAUUAUGCACUUCUACAACGUCAACUGAAGCUGCGGUGAGUGCUGUAGGAAAUGAAGCUGAAACUGCUGCAACUGAGUCUAAAGCUUUCAUGGGACAAGAUGUUGAUGGUUCACAUGGGCUUUUCCCGUCUGAGAUGGAUCUUGCAGAGUUUGCAGCUGAUGUUGAGAGUUUGCUUGGAAAGGGUCUUGAGAAUGAGUCCUUUACUAUGGUGGAGCUGGGUCUAACGGGCUCCAAAGACUUGAGGGAGUAUUCAUACGGAAACGGUCAAGUGAAGAUUGAAGACGAAGAGAGUUUUGAAGGUGGCAUGGCGAGAGAACCGUUUGAGUUGAGCUUUAACUAUGACUCUCCACCAAGCUGUGGAGGGGUGGAUGAGUUGGUAAAGGAAGAGGUAGAAGUGAAGAGUAAAGAGGGUGGGGAAUGUCAGGAGAAUACUGCAAAAAAGAAGAAAAGGAAGACACUUUUGAGCUUAGAUUAUGAAGCCGUAAUCACCGCCUGGGCAACCCAAGGGUCUCCUUGGACUUCUGGUGGCAAACCAGAUUUGGACCCAGACGAAUGCUGGCCAGAUUGCAUGGGAAAUGGUGGAACAGAAGUUCAGCAGAGCUAUAGUGGUUUGAUGGGAAUGGGAGGACAGCAGCAGGCAAUGGGGGACGGAGGUAGAGAAGCAAGAGUAUCAAGGUACAGAGAAAAGCGGAGAACAAGGUUGUUCUCCAAGAAAAUAAGGUACGAGGUUCGCAAACUUAAUGCGGAGAAGAGGCCUCGAAUGAAAGGGAGGUUCGUCAAAAGGGCAUCCUUUCUUACAGGACCUGCUUUUCCAUUGCUCAACAAGUAGCCCUUUCAAAUCCUCUUCUACUCGUCACCACUGAUGUACUGCCUAGUUCCUGGUGCUUAGGCCUCAAUGUUCUCAAACUCCACAUAAUUUUAAUAAAUAAAUAAGGGUGAAUGAUUUUCUUCACUCUCUCACAUUCUCUUA